AUGUCAGAGUUGGAAUUAGCUCUACAAAGUAUCAACGAGUCUCUCCAGAGCACAUCUGAAGCACUCGAAAAGACGCAUGCUAUAUAUAAUUCGGAGGAUCUUGGUGAUGAAAGCGAACAAACAAAGAAUUUGAAAUCACGGAUACUCAAUGGGAAGGUCGGUUCGGAUAAAGUGUCUUUACUUUCUUUGAAGAACGGUAGCAUGCUUGCGUAUAUCAACUCGCUGCUGCUGGUUGUAGGGGGCAAAUUAGAUCGUUCGUGUAAGGACCCAACCGUAAUGGAGGGUCGUCGAAGAUCAAUACAACAUCGUGUGGUACUGGAACGUGGUAUCAAGCCACUAGAGAAAAAACUUGCAUAUCAGCUAGAUAAACUGACGAGAGCUUACACGAGAAUGGAGAAAGAAUAUAUGGAUGCAGAAGCUAGAGCAUUGGCCAAAUCUGAAAGUAGUGCACAGGCAGGAGCCAGUGACGAUGAAGAUGCUUCUAGUGAUGAAGAGUUGUCGUUUAGACCAAACGUGUCGGCAGUGAUGUCCGGAGCCAAGUCAGCCAAGCCAAAGGAAGAUGUUGAGGAGGAGAAUGAAGAGACUGGGAAGGGUGACAUCUAUAGGCCACCGAAGAUCAGCGCAGCCUUACCUCCACAACAAUUGAGCCAAUUUGAGGACAAGUUCAAUGCUCGCGAUCAUAAGGAUCGUAGUGGUAAAUCCCGUAUGCAGGCCAUGGAAGAGUACAUCAGGGAAUCAUCAGAUCAACCCAACUGGGAAUCUUCGAUUGGUGCCAAUAUCGUUACGCAUGGUAAAGGUGGUAUUAAGUCUCUAAGAGAUACCGAGAAGGAGCGUGAUGUGGCUCGAUACGAAGAAGAAACCUUUACAAGACUAAAUCACGGUACCAGUAAACUAGAUAAGAGGAAGCAGAAACAAAAGGAACGGAUGAACAGGGUCAAUUUAAUCGGUGGUGAAGAUUUCAGCAUAUUCAAUUCGAAGAGGAAAAUCGAGGAUAGCACCUCGAGGAGAGGUGUCAAAAAAACUCGUAAUGCAUGGGAGAGGGCCAAGAAGAGGCUAUGA